CGGAUUUGUAACUGAUGAUGUAAUGUUACCGGAACAGAUGUGGCAUCGAAAAUGCCCGAGAGGUAUCAAAUGUUUAAUAAAAAAUGGCGGCGCCCAUGACACCUAGGAGGGUGUACUUGCAAAGGAAUAUUUGCGUAAUUUGUGGGUUUUGCUUUGAAACGAGAGAGACAGACUCCUUAGGAAAUGUUGAGAUUAAAACGCGUUUUAAUCUGAAAUUGAAAUUAACAAACGAUAGACUUCAAAACAUUGCUGAAGUCUUAGGGUCUCUGGAGAACUUAGACGUUGGACAAAAAGGUAUUUGUAUUAAGUGUAACAGAUCUGUAGAAAGGAUUUUACGACUUGGAGCGGAAGUUCGAGAAUUAACAGAACAGAUACAAAACCACUUUAGCAGAACCCAGGAAAGACUAACAGUGGUGUUACGAUCACCGGGUUUAGUUACGAAACGUUUGGCAAGUAGUCCAGUAUUAGUCCAGCCAAAGAAAAUCACUAAGUUUCCAAGUGUUCAAGUUGUUGUUCCCGUUGAAAUCAGGCCUUUCAGGGAUAUAACUUCAACAUUCACAACACGUAAUUCACAAAGACCAGAAACAGAGUUACAAUCAAAUCUUGCAAAACCAGUAAGAAGAAGUUUAUCCAAGGACUUAAACUCGGCACAAAUUGAUUCAAUUGAGAUAUAUGAUGGAAAGAUAGAGAUGCAGAGAGCUAUUAACAUUAUCAAUGUUAAAGAAAACCAUGGUAUGUAUUUUGAUAAAUUUGGUGAACAACAAUUAAGGUGA